UGUGCUGCCGCGGAGAGCGCGAGCGCAUCAGUCAGUCCGGGAGCAGACGGAGGAGCACAGCGGGCUGUUGUCACGGCGGAGGAUGAGAAUGAAACCCGUCUUGGCAGGGAACAGAAGAAAGUGCAGCUGCUGCUCAACAUUGUUUCACAGAUAAAGCCUGAAAUAGCGGAGCCGCAGUGUGAGGAGUCUCUGCUUCAAAGAUGGUUGGGAGCUGAAACAGCAGAAGGACAAAGCAACAGGAGGAGCACAUGGGUGACGUCUCGCCUCCUGGUGUUGCGAUGUCGGCUGAAGCGUGGGAGAACGGCAGCUUGGCCGGCCCCUUGCCUGGUCUCCCUCUGUUCCUGCUCAUGUUCAACGACAGUGACCUGAAUGAGACGCUGUUCAAUUCCACCAACUCCACCUUCCUGGAUGCCUCCUCGGGUCCGAGCGUGGCCGGGGUUCUCAUCCCACUCAUAUAUAUCAUUGUUUGUAUCAUCGGUCUGGGUGGAAAUACUUUGGUGAUUCACAUUGUGCUGCAUUAUUCUAAGAUAGAGUCUGUGACCAACAUUUACAUCCUCAACCUAGCGAUUGCUGAUGAGCUCUUCAUGCUCGGCCUGCCUUUCCUGGCAGUUCAGAACACCCUCCAGUCAUGGCCCUUUGGUUCCUUCAUGUGCCGACUGGUCAUGACCGUUGAUUCCAUCAACCAGUUCACCAGCAUCUUCUGCCUAACUGUGAUGAGUAUCGACCGCUACCUUGCUGUGGUGCACCCCAUUCGGUCUUCUAAAUGGCGUCGCCCUCAGGUGGCCAAAGUGGUGAACGGCACUGUGUGGGCUCUAUCCUUUCUGGUUGUUUUGCCAGUGGUGAUCUUUGCAAACAUCCAAAAGGCGGGAGGCACCUGCAACAUUGCCUGGCCCCAGCCAGCUAACAUCUGGAGGGCUGCCUUCAUCAUUUACACCUCUACUGUUGGAUUCUUCUGCCCUCUGCUAAUCAUCUGCCUCUGCUACCUGCUCAUCGUCUUCAAGAUCCGCAGCUCGGGUAAAAAAGUCCACGCCACCUCAACUAAGCGAAGGAAGUCAGAGCGGAAAGUGACACGGAUGGUUGUGAUUGUUGUUGCCGUGUUUGUUUUCUGCUGGUUGCCUUUUUACGCACUCAACAUCAUCAACCUGCUGGUUUCCCUGCCGUCAGAGUACCAGGGCCUUUACUACUUUGUUGUCGUGCUUGGUUAUGCCAACAGUUGCGCCAACCCCAUCGUUUAUGGCUUCUUGUCAGACAACUUCAAGAGGGGUUUCCGUAAAGCCCUCUGCAGGUCCACGAGGAGGGUGGAGAACCACGAGCCUGUGGAGCACCAGCAGCAGCAGGAAGAAGGGAGGAGGGCUCUAAUGCCCAGAGAGAGCCUGAGGCGAGCUGUCAGGGUGGAAGAGGAUGAGGAUGAGGAAGAGGUCUCAGAAAUGACUGAGAUCUACAGAAUCACCCAGAAUGGAAACAGCUUGCUGCCGCAGAGCUCACAGCCGCUGUUUUCUGAGAAAGGAGCCACGUCAGGAUUGACGGAGGUUUUGUCCCCAGACACGAAUGUUGGUGAUGGGAAAGCGAAAGAUCCUGUACAUGGGUCCUCACUAACAGUCCCGCUGCUUCUCAACGGAGCCAAAAAUGGGAGCGUUAAAACUCUGCCAGAGGAAAAUGUGGAACAGAGCACUUCCUUGGAGAUAAGUUAUUUGUAGUGUAAAAUAAAGAUGAACCACUCGACAUUAACUCAGCAUUAUAACACAGGAUUGCCUGGCUCCAGUCCACUGGCUUUUUUAUUAUUAAUAUUUUAAAAACAGGCCUUAAAAUUGCUUGAUUUGACCAAUGUACUGGAAUAUAAUGAUUGUUAAUCAUGUAAAGAUGCUGAACUUGCAUAUCCUCAUAUCUGAAUGUAGAAAUUUCGGCCUGUAUUUAGUUUUAAAACGUGUUAGUGUUUCUCUGUAAGCAACUUUUUAAUGUGACAAUCAUCUGCUCAGGUUUUAACUUUUAUUCCAGUGCUUAACACUCAGUAUCGUAGGCUGUGUUUGGACUCUUCACUCGCUUACUCACUAUUAAGUGUUUUCUAUAUAGUCAAGAGGACCUACUUCGUAUGAAUGGAGACUGCUGCUGAUGCAUGUCAGACACUACUUUAAAGCAGCUGCGAUUAGUCAUUUGUGGGACAUUCACAGUUAGGCUACAUGUUGCCUGGUAGGUUAGGUAAAAGGAAAGCACAAGUUUGCUUUUCUUUGAGAUCAUGUUGAAAUAAACACUUCUCAACAACACUGACAUAAAACUUCACAACACAAAUGUGUUUGCACCUGUAACGUUGUUUUUCUUUAAUUGUACUAUAUUCCCUUUGCAAGCACUGCUUGCAGCUACAGUUGUGUACAACAGUAUCUGUUCUAAUAAUGAGGUAUCUGUGAGGGUUGUCCAUGUUUUAGUAUCCAUCACAGGCUGAGUCAAG